AUGACUAAAUUAAAAACACAUUAUUACAUAUUAAUAUUUUUAUAUCAGCUAAUAUUUCCUCCAUUUUUUUUAUUAAAAGCUUUAAAGUAUUUUAAUAAUCAAAUUUUCCGAAAAAAGACUUUAAAAAAUAAAACUAUGACACUAUUAACCGUAAAUGUGAAUUACCAAAUAGCUUUAAAAAUUACAAAGAAAAUUUUUGUAUUAAGAUUAGUUGCAGAAAUUAUGAGAAAAAUUAUAACAAUGAUAAAAAAAAAAUCAUGUAUCUUUAUGCUUAUAAUGAAUUCGCAUGUUAAUAUUUAA